GAUGUUUUUGGCUUUCGGCAUUCAGUGUUGUUUGCCUUUUCCGCGGAGCUGGAGUUUUCCCAGCAGCUGGCAUAUAGUAUACAUAUAUCUCCCACUAUCCCGGUAGAAAUGUUCAAUUGUUGAAUUACUUCGGCUGAACGGUGUCCAGAGUUAUUUUGAUUCAGUUACCCGGAAUGAGUGGCGCACAGCGGAACCUGGAUCGCAAGAUCGUUGUCAUCGGAGCAGGAGCCUCGGGCGUGGCCUGUGCCACCAAGCUGCUGGAACUGGGCUUCCAGAACGUGCUCGUCGUGGAGGCGGAGGAUCGCCUAGGUGGCCGCAUACACACUAUUCCCUUUGCGGACAACGUCAUUGAUCUGGGUGCCCAGUGGUGUCAUGGCGAACGCGACAACAUUGUCUACGAACUGACCCGCAAACAGGAGGAGGAGCUGCUGGAGUCGACGGGUCCGGUGUACGAGAACUACAUGUGCGUCCGCUCCAACGGAGAUGUGGUUCCCGAAGAGGUAGCCAGUCGCCUGAAAGCCAUCGUGGGCGAUUCACUGGUCACCCGGCAGCUGGAGCUGCGUCACUGCAGCGGCUCCCUGGGCAGCUAUCUGACCAACAAGUUCUACGACACGCUCCGACGCCCGGAAAACUCCGACAUAGACGCAGAGAUGGCCAGGGAGUUCUUUGUGAAUUACCAGAAAUUCGAGAACUCCGUCGAGGCCUCGGAUACGCUGGAACAAGUGUCGGGACGCGGUUACCUGGACUACUGGGAGUGCGAGGGCGACAUCCUGCUGAACUGGAAGGACAAGGGCUAUGUGGAGCUGCUGCGACUGCUCAUGCGCUCCAGGGAGUUGGAUGUGGAGCAUGGAGUUCUGGAGCAGCGCCUGCUGCUGGGCACACGUGCUGUGAAGAUCAACUGGAAUCGGAACGACGGACGCGUGGAGCUGCAACUGAGCAAUGGAGACACCUGCAUAGCUGACCAUGUGGUGGUCACCGUUUCACUGGGAGUUCUCAAGGAUCAGCACCUUCGUCUGUUUGAGCCACAGCUUCCGGUGGAGAAACAACGCGCCAUUGAUGGUCUGGCCUUUGGGACGGUCAACAAAAUCUUCGUGGAGUUCCCCGAGGCAUUUUGGGCCGAGGAUUGGACGGGUUUCACCCUGCUCUGGCGGGACGAGGACUUGGAUGACAUACGCGGCACCUCUCGAGCUUGGUUGGAGGACGUCUUUGGCUUCUACAGGGUGAGCUAUCAGCCGAGGAUCCUGGCGGGCUGGAUAACCAACGAGAGCGGCAGGCACAUGGAGACCCUUCCGGCAGAUGAGGUCCAGGCUGGAGUUAUGUAUCUCUUCCGAAGAUUCCUGAAGUGGGAAAUCCCAGAGCCCUUGAAUUUCCGCACCUCCGCCUGGUAUACAAACGAGAACUUCCGCGGGUCCUACUCCUAUCGAUCCAUGGACACGGAGCAGCUGGGAACGGGAGCGCGGGAGUUGGCCUAUCCACUGACCGUGGUGGCCACCACUCCGGAGAAGGAGAAGGACUCGGAGGACGAGGCGUGGCAGCAGAGUCGCUGUGAUAGGCCCAUCGUCCAGUUCGCCGGAGAGGCCUCCAGCGAGCACUACUACUCCACGGUGCACGGCGCAGUCGAGGCGGGAUGGCGGGAGGCCCGGCGACUGGCCCAGUUUUACGGAAUAAGCGUGUCCCGAUCUGGGACAAAGUCGCAACUCUAGCUGUAGGCGGUAUAUCGUAGUAGAUGUAUAGACGACGGCGAUACCUGACCCAGUUAUACGGGUGGAUGUGAAAUUAGAACUUUGUCUUCGCACUACAAAAACAAUCAAGGAAACUGAUCAGUACAUCCUGGAUAGACUUCAUAUGCCUAAGCCACUAGUUUACACAUUUGCCAUAGGUUAGCAUAGGUGACAGAUUAUAUUUACGAGUGUAUAC